CUGGUCUGGUUAUUUGUCAGAGUCUCCAGCGGAAUCCGGGCGCCCCCUGCCCUUAACCAAGAUGGCCGCCCCGAGGCGCCAGCGCACUGUGGAAUACGGCGGCGCUUCCGGUCCCGUUGCCCGCAACGAAGAUGGCGGCAGUGGAGAAGCGGCGGCCGGCCGUGGCUCCGGCGGCCAGUUUUGUCGACAGCGGGCGGCCGGCGGUGUCCCGAGCAGCAGCAACGGCCGAGAGUGAGGAGGACUUCCUGCGGCAGGUCGGCGUGACGGAGAUGCUGCGCGCGGCCCUGCUGAAGGUGCUGGAGGCGCGGCCCGAGGAGCCGAUCGCCUUCCUGGCGCACUACUUCGAGAACAUGGGCUUGCGCUCGCCUGCAAACGGCGGCGCCGGGGAGCCCCCAGGCCAGCUCCUGCUGCAGCAGCAGCGCCUGGGCCGCGCGCUGUGGCACCUUCGCCUGGCUCACCACUCCCAGAGGACGGCCUUCAACAACAACGUCAGCGUGGCCUACGAGUGCCUGAGCGCCAGUGGGCGCAAGAAGAAGCCAGGGCUGGAUGGGCGCACCUACAGCGAGCUGCUCAAACGCAUCUGCCGGGACGGGGAAGCCCCCGAGGAGGUCGUGGCGCCCCUGCUGCACAAGAUCCAGUGCCGGGACCACGAGGCUGUGCCGCUGGACGUCUUCCGCGCCGGCAUGCUCACCUGCUUCGUGCUGCUGGAGUUCGUGGCGCGGGCCAGCGCCCUCUACCGGCUGCUGGAGGACCCCGCCCUGGCUGUGGCGGACCGACGCGUGGGCCAGGCCGUGCUGGACACCCUGGAGGGGGCCCUGCAGGCCAGCGAUGGAGGUGCUGUGCCCGCCCGCUACCUGGAGGCCGGCUCGCGCCUGGGCCCCGACAGCCUGGCACUGGCCAUGGACCGCGCCCUGGUGGCUCGGCGGCCCAGCUCCCCAAUGACCCGGGAGGAGUUCCUGGAGAAGGCCGCUGCUCUCUUCAUCGCCAAGGUCAAGCCGGUGGCCUGAGCGCGCCCCCCGCCCCCGCACACCUUACCUGCCCCUCCUCCACCUACACAGCUGGGGGUCGUCGCCACCUGCUCCUGGGCAGAACACGGGUUUGGGGCCAGGACUGGACAGUCCCUACAUGCAGGGGGGUGCAGGGAGUCCUCCCCACACCCACCUUGCAACCUGGAAUCAUGCCCCAGUCCCUUCAGAGGGGAAGCCAGGGGUCCCAGGAAGUGGGCACGCCCUCCCUGCACCCCCGCAAAGGGCCCUCUCUCCUCAGAGUAAUAAAGUCUGUUCUCCAGGCUGA